UACGAAUCGGUUUAAUGAUUUGACUAGGUAAUAGAUCGACUGUCUGCAUGGCUACUUGGCUGGCAUAUAUUCCUAGAAACAUACAUCAUAUAUAAAACCAUAUAAUGUUACGCCUAAUAAUGCACUUUAAAAAGAGAAAUGGAAAGGAAAAACCUAGAUCUGUGAAAAAAGACAGUCUGACCAAUAGAACAGACUGUUUACUGAUUGGAUAAGUCAUGGUUGCAUAGGGAAUAACAGUGAAUAUUCAUUUGUUAAGGAAAUAGUGUGAAUGGCCACACCAAGUAACACAGACACACACAUAUAAAUACAUCUUUAUCUUUGCACACAUUUCCUGUCUCACUUGAAGGAACAGUAAACAAGGGAGUGUCGCAUUAGUUAAUUAGUUAUCUCUGAAGUGGAAUUUAUUACAUAAUCAUCAGUAUCCCAGUAAGACAUUCUGAGGUAUUCAGGUGAAAAUAAUCUGUGUAAUGGAGAGAUUUUAUCCAAAUUUCUAUUCUUAUACGAAAUCUCACUACGAACCAUUGGUUUCAAGUCUACUAACAAGAUGUGAAUCAGAGCGUGGUGCUAAACUGCAGAGUAACUGUAAUGAUAAUGAUGACAGUGAGGAGAAACAAUAUAGCUGGUGUAGUGAAAGACAAAAUACGAACAUGAAUGAAGUCACUGAGCAACAGAAUUCUCUCACAUCCCCUAAUAUGCCUCGACAACGAAUACAAAGUGUGGAUAGAGCAAAAAUGUCACGUGGUCAACUAGCAAAAUGGACGCCGACAGAUUCGCAAAGAUGGGCUCGUGAAAUUUCAGACCCUCCAGACCGUGAAAAAUCAACUGAAGAUGAAGAUCGGACUGGUUCAGUCUUCACCGGAUCUGUACAGUCAUUUAUAUUGCCGUUUACUAGAAUUAAUGAAUACUUAACACCGGGAAUUAACGCUAAAUAUCAUAACCACUCUAGAACUUUCGAAAGUGGAAUCAACUAUCUGAGCUUAGUUUCCCAUAAUGAUGUUCGAUGUAACAUCAUUCCAAACUGUCAGCAUUUUCCUGAUUUAAUGUCAACAUCUUUAACAAAGACAAACUCACCAAUAAAACAUAAGUCAAGAUCACUACGUAAGCAUUCGCAUGAAAAAACACUGCCAUGUUCAAGUCAGGACGAUAAAACACUCAUGACAUUAGAUUCAAAUAAUGUGUUCAUCAAUCCAAACGAGUCCAAAUUACAGACUGUGACGAAUCAGAAGAGUAUACCGCGUUCUAGAAGAUUACCGUCACCAUGUGUCCGCAUGAAAACACUAGAAAGGGAUACAAAUUAUAAUAUAUCUCUCGGAACAGGUCAAAACGCAAGCUCCUCAAACUAUGAUCUUCGACCAAAGCGAUUAAUAGAAACAGAACGCAUGGUUAGACAAGAAUUAGCGUCUGCAAAACAGAAAUCAGAAACUUCAAAUAGCAACAAUGGCAUAGACAGAGAAGAUCGGAAAUCAGAGAUGCAGAAUUCCCCGACACCUCUGAAAAAGUCGAGUUCUAGUGAGAGAAGACAAACAAUUUCUCCAGACUCAAAUACACCUGAGAAUGUUUUAGGAGAAAAAAAUUCGUGAAACCGACUUAUCCAGAGGAUUGGACAAAACUCGAGUCCUAAGGAAUGG